AAUGUGGUAUUUUAUGAAGUUUAAUAAAGGCGUGUGUCGAAAAUGAGUGAAUGUUAAUAGAAAAAAAGAGAUCUGAUAGUAUUGAAAAUGUAAAUUAAUAUUUAAUGAAAGAAAUUAAAGUUUUAAUGUAUUUAUUACCUUAAAAGUAUGGGCCAGAGCAGAUAUUGUUAAAUUUGGCGAUCACUUUUUGGAAUUUGAAGUGACGUGUAAAGGCAUCGGUGGCAUUAAACAUUACAUUGGAGUAUUAAGGUUGAAAAUUGUUUAUCAGGGGAUGUUUUUUUCUCCAUAUUUAUUCGCAGAUAUAUUGCAGCAGUUGAUGACGCUCCACAAUGGGGAAACUACUUUCUAAAAUAUUUGGCAACAAGGAAAUGCGGAUUUUAAUGCUUGGUCUAGAUGCCGCAGGCAAAACAACAAUUCUGUAUAAGCUUAAAUUGGGACAGUCUGUUACGACAAUUCCAACGGUAGGGUUUAACGUCGAGACUGUAACCUACAAAAAUGUAAAAUUCAACGUGUGGGAUGUGGGCGGCCAAGAUAAAAUUCGACCCCUAUGGCGGCAUUACUACACAGGUACGCAAGGCCUAAUAUUUGUAGUUGAUUGCGCUGAUCGCGACCGGAUAGAUGAAGCGCGAACGGAACUUCAUAGAAUAAUUAAUGAUAGAGAAAUGAGAGACGCCAUUAUUCUGAUAUUUGCUAACAAGCAGGACCUUGCAGAUGCAAUGAAACCACACGAAAUUCAGGAGAAACUAGGUUUAACUAGAAUAAGAGAUCGCAACUGGUAUGUUCAACCAUCAUGUGCAACCACAGGAGAUGGCCUUUAUGAAGGUUUAACAUGGCUAACUUCCAAUCAUAAGUUAUGAAAAAUAUUAAAAACAAAUUAGAGAAUUCAAUAUAAGAUACACAUGCUUACCAUGCUUUUUAGCAAACGAACAACAGUAGUAAUUAAGAGAAAUUUGUAAAUUAUAAUAAAGAAAAAUUAGAAGGAGUUUGUUUGAUUAUAUAUACGUUAAAGAGAUAAGUUACAUAAAUCAUAUAAUUUGUAAAUAUAU